CAGGAAGGGAGGUGGCUGCAGAGCCAUUCUUAAAGGGGCCCAAGAGAUCAUACGGCAACGGACGGCUGACGACCGGAAGGAAAAUGAGUGAGUCUUUGGUGGUUUGUGAUGUUGCUGAAGAUUUAGUGGAAAAGCUGAGAAAGUUUCGUUUUCGAAAAGAAACCCACAAUGCUGCUAUUAUAAUGAAGAUUGACAAGGAUAAACGCUUGGUGGUGCUGGAUGAGGAGCUCGAGGGUGUCUCUCCAGAUGAACUUAAAGAUGAACUACCUGAACGGCAACCUCGCUUCAUUGUGUAUAGUUAUAAAUACCAGCACGACGAUGGCCGGGUCUCCUACCCUCUGUGCUUUAUCUUCUCCAGUCCUCUGGGGUGCAAACCUGAGCAGCAGAUGAUGUACGCUGGGAGUAAGAACAAGCUGGUCCAGACCGCCGAGCUAACUAAGGUAUUUGAAAUAAGAAACACCGAAGACCUAACUGAAGAAUGGUUACGUGAGAAACUUGGAUUUUUCCACUAAUGUGAACUUCUGUGUUUCUAAAGUAUUUAUGUAUUAACCUGACCAUACUGGAACCAGACAUAAAUAGUUAUUUAUGCCUAAAAAUGCACUGUUACUUACAGUUUGUUUCCUGCAGUAAAGAAAAAUUCAUUUGUGCAGUUUGAACAAAGGGGAAAUCAUCUUCAUAGUAAUGAAACUUUGUGAAGUGUUUCCUUGUAUCUGUCAUUGUUAGGUGGACUACUUUUCUCCAGGGAUGGUUCGCACCCUUGUGACUAAUUUCUAUAAUUUAUGAUUCAGAAUUUGUUACUGUUGCAGACACUAUAGGAAAGUGGGUAUAGACUGUGAUAGACAACAGUUCCUCCUUGGCCACUCCUGGUACUGGCAUGGCAGUUUGUAAGUGCCAAGAGCAUUUCAUCACCUAUCGCAUCAUUGAGGUUCACUGGGGCUGAAGUGUAAGUGACCGCUCUGAGCCGUGAGUGGCGAUGUAGUGGACCCUCUGCUGCUCUCGUCACAUUCCUCCUCUCUUGCAUUCCUGUAUCCUUUCAAUCAAGUGUAGAGUCGCCAUCAAUCACUCCUCCUUAAGGACCGGGGGCUUAGUUUUAUGGUAGAGUUAGGAUUAUUAGAGGUUUUCUUCUGAUGGAACAUAGUCCUAGUCUUAGAGACUCGUGGGCUGUAUAAUCAAGGGCUUCCGUCUAGGUUAUGUCACCAGUAGGCAGCUAGAGCGGAGCUUGGUAACAGAAAGCACCUCCUAACGUCUCGUGAGCACUGUUCUGGAUAUGUUAACCUGUGCCUUUGAUUUGUCAGCUUUAACAUUAGCUUCAGACUCCUACACUGCCAGUAUUCUAGAUUUGGUGAGAUUAAUACUUUUUUAAAGGGUUCAAAUAAAACAAUUUUCUAAUAUGUGUAA